AUGUUCCGAGUAAUUGCAUUACUUUCAAUGUUUCACUUCAUCAGAGCUGGCUAUGUUAUAUCGGUAUACGGUGAUGUGAUGAAGGAUAAGGAGUUCUUUACAGAUACUUUUCCAUGGAUCAUAGAUAAUAUUGGUGGAGAGAUUGUUGUGGAAUUCCACUUGUUAGGUAGCGGCAGAUAUUCUGUACCACAGAUGUGCGCUUUGAAAGAGUUGAAGAUGAACACUUUUCUCCAAGCUCAGUAUUUGAAAUGUGAAGCUGAGGGCAGAUUAAGUAAAUAUUGUCUCUGUGAAACUGGAAUCGAUCCUGUUGAAUUUAAACAAUGUGUACGUCGUGAAGGCGAUUUAGCGUCGAAUGCUGCAGCUGAAUUCAUGAGACUAAAUGUCGGGAUAUCUCCCCUGAUAGAACUAGGAAAUGGUAGUGGUAGCACCGUGUUCGGAGUACCUGAUAUUUGGUAUUUGAAGAAGAUAUGUACUAUUUUUGGAGAGUUCCAGCCAAUGGGUUGUGUGAAGAGUUGCAACAAAACCGAAACAGGGGUUGCUAAAGAAGCUAUUGCGCAUUUUGACAAGGACUGUGGUCUUAGUAAUAUUCCAGAAUCAUGUGAGUAG